AAAAUUAAUAAAAACCUAAAGAGUUUAGUUUAAAAUUACCUUAAACAAGGAUUAAUCGCAAAGUGCGUGUGCUGGAAUCUAUUAAUAUCGAAAAAAGAGUAUACGCAGCACGCCUUUAACUGCGCAUGCCCCGGCCCCUUGGCCAGAAACCGAGCAGUACCAGUGUCAGUUGCCGCAGUCUGGAGCUCCGACUCACCCCCUCCCGAACGACAGUGCCACCGGAAUAGCUGCGCCACCCCCCGCCAAUCGAGGCCAACAGAAAAAGGAGGAACAGCAGCAACAGCAGGUGACACCUGGGCCACCUCAAGGCUGUUCCUUUCGGACAGUUUCGGAAUGGCGGCCGUCGUCCACGGUUGCAGCAGUCCCCGCCAGCGUUCCUGCAACGGCAGCAGCUCCCCGGGCGGUCAUCAUGGCUCCACGCCCUCCUCCGCCUACCCCACCAUGCCGAAAUACUCCAGGACAGCCAGUCAAACGCUGUACGCCACCAGCCAACAGCUUUUCGGUGGUGGCCUGGCGGACAAUUACGGCAAUGGACCGCUCUACAUGUCCUCUGGCUCCGGGCAGCGUCCCCUCUCCGCCUCGGCUCUGCCGGAGACGGCGGCGGCCAGCCGAAAUUACUGGGGCCAUCAUAAUGCCUUUUACCACACCGGAGGCAGGCACUACAAUAAGCGCAAGUCCGCCGUAGAGCUCCUGGCGGAGUCCAAGCCCUUCUACAUCAAGUCCGAGGCGGUUUUCGAGAGACUCCAGCAGUCUGGCUACCGGAAUGGCUCCGGAAACAAUGGAGGCAGCGGCAAGAGGGGUCGCCGGCCGGAGGAGUCUCAUGGAGGUCAUCACUAUGGGAUGCAGCAGUACGACGACCUGGAGGAGCGUCGCUACAUGAGUCUGAAUAUUAGCAGGCAGCAACAACAGCAGCAGCAGCAGCAGCAGUACCUGCACAAUCACCACCCCCAUCCCCACCCACACCAGCACCACCCGCACCGUCACUCCGCCCAGGGCCAAGGUCAAGGCCGGGCGGGGGGUGGUAGUGGAGCUGCCGUGAACAACAAUCUGCUGCAACACAAGCUGCGCAUGCUGCUUGGCUCGGAGGCGAGCAAGGAGCGAAAUGGAGGCGGCACCUUGAGGCGCCACGAGUUGAGUGACGGCAGUGCCGAGCUCCUGCCCACCGACUACGGUGAGGACGAUGCUGGCCAGGCGGGUGCCUUGAGGAUACCACCACCACUUUAUAUGCCGGCUCACGGAUUCGGCCGCGAUGGAGAGGAGCCACUGGUGCUCACGGAAAACUAUCGACCAAUCAGCCCGCCGGCGGAAUACGCGGCCAAGUCGGGACAAGCGCACAAUGAUCGUUACAGAUACAACUAUCAGCGCUCCUAUUCGCACUCUCACGAAGUGGCCAAUGCUGGUGAGGAACGGGCUCCGUAUCCUUCCGGGGAUUUCAACAUCAACAGCCACAAGUCGCUGCCGGAUCUGCACACCCAGAUCAGCCGUCAUUCACCGCACAGCGAGAUCCUGAGCUGCUGCAGUCGAGGCAACCGCUCCAUCAAGUCCGCCGGAGAGUCAUCCAUCAACCGGGACUCCGGUGGAAGCUCCGGGCACUAUACCCAUCGCAGUGAACCCUGCUACAAGCGGGAGAGGCAGAGGGAUGCAGCCCCCCCGGCUAGUGGCACCAUCAAGAACUGUUGCACCCUGGUUGCGGCCACGCGAAGGGAUAGUGGCUCCUCCACCCAGCACAGUGCCAAUUCCUAUUGCGGCUAUGUCACGCCGGCGGGCGAGUACUCGGGCAUGAGUAGUGGACGUAACCCGGAGUGCCUUGACUGCCGUUGCAAGCAGGAUACUAUGGGAUCGGAUUACCUAUUGAAUUUUACGCCCACGCCGGAAGUGCCGGAGGCCUUCCAGGACGACUACACCCCGACACCGCCUUCGCCGCGCUUGAAGACGCAGACGCCACGCUACUCGAGCUCCUCUAGCCAGCAGCUCCAUACCAGUUCCCAGGGCUACACGAGCAUCAAUCACUCGCAGAGCUCCCUGGUCCAGAGCCCGGGAUCGGCGCCCUCGGUUGACGACAUUAGUCCACCGCCAAUUCAGUUUAAACGACAGAGGUGCAUCCGUUUCAAGAACAGGAAUCGACUGCCCGUUCAAGGAGAAAUUGGAGGAUCAUCUGGUGUCUCCGGAGGAAUCAGCGGAUCUGGUGGCGGCCUGGCCCCAGGAGUCGGAGUCCUGGCCGCCUACAAACAGCACCGCGGCAGUGUGGAGCACGAGAACGUUUUCUUCCCCAAAGGUUUCACCACGGAGGGCUACCACAACAGCCUGGACAUGGAAAGGGAGGCACUGAAUGCCAGCAUCUCGGAGCUGGAGAAGUUCUUCGACCGCCUGGGUCUCAACGACGAGGCCUUCCACGAGAUCUACAGUCAGCCGAGGCGGCACCACUCGGAGACGGACAACGGGUCGGAUGAUUCCAGCACCGUAUUCUUCUCGGACGUGAGUACGGUGGACUCCAUGAGGCUACCGGAUAGCACGGAAACCCAGCCACAGACCACACAGGCCUACCGGCCCUCGGAGCCGCCGUCUAUUGUGGAGCGGAAUGCAAGGAUCAUCAAGUGGCUGUGCAAUUGCAAAAAGAUGCAGUGCACCUGAGGACCACAGGAGCAGUGCAGCUGCGGAUUUGGCCGAUGAGGCAUUUGCGGAAACGGAAGCCCCGGGAGACGAAUGGAUUUGGGGAGCAUGACGAAUCCCUUGGGCAUUAGAAAAUGUAUCUUGGUGUUAUAUGCCUAAUAUCAAACUGAAUCUUUUUACCUGAACAAUAUAUAUUAAACUUAAAUUUCUAAAUCUUGCCCAAGGAUUUGAUAUGCAAUCCAGCAUAAUCCGUGAGCUCCAAUCCAAACUAAAACACACUGCUCAAUAUGUCAAGUUAAGUCAGUUUAAAGUUUAAACUUUAAAGCAAGUUUCGAUUUAGAAAGAUUAGCCUCACCUCUCACCUACCUGUACAAUGGAACUAGGAAUUAUAGGUCCAGAAUCCUGGACUCUGAUCCUUCUUAGCUGCGAUCGCUCCGGCGCAGUUCAAUUAAACCAUUAUUGAUAUUUGUAUUUGCUAAAGGUAAUGAAGUUGUCUUACGUAUACUAUGUAUUAACCAAAUAGCAAAGGCCAUCGUUCGUAAAUUAAUCUUAUACACAAGCGGUAUUAUUAGAUGAAUUAUUGUACAAUUAGCUCUCGUAACUUAUAUAAAUAUAUAUAUAAACUCGUAUGACUAGUUGCCAAAAAAUUCAAAUACAAAUGUGAAUUACACGAACUCACUGAAACCACAAAUUGAAAUUGAAAUGAACCUACCUAUUUAUGUAAUUGUACAUGGUUUGCAUGACGAAUAAUAAAAUAUUUACGAUUAUCAAAUUAAUUGAAAUUCAUA